AUGAAUUACUUGAACAUUUGGCAACGAUUUUUUAAAUUUACAACUUUGCGCAGUUUAUUGUUAUUAAGAAAGCAGGGAAAUAUUAAUGGUUUAAGAUGUUAUUCUAUUAAAUCUAUUACAAGAACAUACUCAGAACCUUCAGACAUUAUAUCUAAGCCAAUUUUUUCUAAAAAUUGUCCUUGUUUAUCUUCCUUAAAGUUGACAAAAGUUAUUAGAAACAACCUGAUUCAAAAGCGAUUUCACAUUACGCAUGAUGGAAAUCAUGUUAAAACGUGGAAACUUGAAAGGAUAUUAUCAGCUACACUUGUACCACUAUUGCCUUUGUGUUUAAUAUUUGAAAAUCCUAUUCUGGAUACUACAUUAGCACUUGUUUCUGUGAUACACAUUCAUUGGGGUAUAGAAGCAAUUAUUAUAGAUUAUGCAUCAACAGGCUCACAUAUACUUCGUAAAGUUUAUUUUAGUUUAUUAUAUGUCGCAUCUGUCUUCACAUUUGCUGGACUCAUAGUGCUAAUUUUCAAUGGGCCUGGUAUUAGCAAGGUAAUUAAGGAUGGUUGGGCAAUUAAGAAUAAUAAAUAAACAUUUGAUUCAAAUGAAA